UUGGAAUAUUAUUUUCUUGUGUCGAUGUACUUCUGGCUAAUUACCAUGAGUUUUAAUAUGUGGCGGACAUUUAGAAAAUUCUCUUCGUUAGUAAGAAACGUCAAACAAUCAGGAAAAAAAAAGUUGGUAUAUUGUGUGAGUUUUGCGUACGGUUGUCCAUUUAUACUUGCUAUUGUUUGUGUCAUCGUCGUGGAUUUUGUUUCCGAGUAUAUACCAAAAAAUUUGAGACCAGAAUUCAAAAUGGGAAAUUGCUGGUACAAUAGUCAAUAUCAAGAAGCAUAUGUGUUGUAUUUUUACUGGAUCAAAACUGCCUGUACCAUUAGUAGCAUUUGCUUAUCCAUCUCCACAGCAUUGAAUAUCAAACGCUACGAGAAGGAACUAUACUUUCAUCUAACAGAUUCAGAAAGCAAGCGGCAUAAUGUUAAUAAGAUAUGGUUUAAUCUAUAUAUGAAUUUAUUUAUGGUGAUGUUUAUCAUGAUGGGCAUAAAUUGGUCUGUGCAUACAAUUUCAUGGUGGUUUGUAUAUCAAACUGAUUAUUAUUAUUACAUUGUUUAUGUUACUGGUUUGUUAGAUGUAGUGCAGAAUUUCUGCACCUUUAUCAUAUUUGUAUGGAAGAAGAAAAUUAAGUUGAUGUUACUGAAACGAUUCGGAUUCAGCACGUGAAAGAUUUAUCCGAUGUGAUUGAAUUCCAAUGUUGUAUUGUGUAAAGAAAAGUUUUAUCGCAAAUUUAAA